AUGAGACCAAUUAAAUUUAAUGCUAAUGUUCAACCAGUUGAUUUGCCAACUCAAGAUGUUAUUGAAAAUACAAGAGUUGUACUUUCUGGCUGGGGAAGCCAAAGCUGUUCGUUAUAUUCUUCAAUAUUUUUAAAAAAAGUUGAAUUAACUAUUACAACUAAAAGUUUAUGUCAAUUUUAUCAACACGGGGAUAGUGGAGGUCCACUCGUUGAUGGAAAUACUAUAAUUGGUAUUGUUUCAUCUGGAUUACCACAAUAUAUUGGAUCACCUUCUUUUAAUUGUAAAGUUUUUGAUUAUCUUCGUUGGAUUGAUCAAAUUCGAAAAUUUACACCUCCAAAAAUUGGCUGUGGAGGUGGUCCAAAUCCUUUAUUCAGACUCUAA